AUGGGCGAGGAACAAAAAAAGAUCCUCACCGAUUUUGUUGACAAAGCCAUUUCCCCCGAAGCCAGCAUGGCAGCAAAAAGUUUCCUCACGGUCUUGGGCUUGGAAAAUGGCACUGCUUUGAGCGACGAUGCGAAGAAAGCGGUGGAGUGGAUUUGCAAGGCGAAAAGCAGCGUGGGGAAGCUGGUGGCGAAGCAUGUGAAAAACCUGCAAGACUUGCAGAAGCAGCUGGCUGAAGAGAGCGUGGAUGAAGUGAAGGAAGCCACACGUGCUGAGGUUCUGAGCAUGCUAAGUCACAUCAGUGAAAAGGAGAAAAAGGAUCUCUUCAGCGUGGUGCCUGCCUUGGUGGCGAAAGCGCGCAUGUGUGAGCCGCAUGACCUAGAGCUUGCAGGCAAACUUGCGUCUGCAGAGGAUUUUUUCUUGGACUUCUUAGACACUGAGCUGACGGCGGCCAUGGAUUCACUCAAACAUGAAGAUGCUGAGGCAGCACCUCUGUGUUUGGUGACUGACUGGGGUUGGACAAGGGAAAGUACGCGCAAGCUGCAAGGCCAAUACAAGUCUGCAACAGCGUUUGUCCAGAUUUACCGCAAAGUCAAUCGGAAGGAUGGCCCUGACCUGGCGCAAUUCUGUGGGUUGUCACAGCUUCUCUCAACACUUCCCAUGCCGUUUCAAGAGGAGAAAAGGAUGGUGGAGGAGUGGGCUGCCCAGUUGGAGUCUCGGUAUGAAAGCCAGACAGCAGCAUAG